AUGGCCUCCAGCCUCCCAAUCCCUCAGCCUCCACGAACGCCAACCCCGCCGCCUGACGACUCGCCAGUGCUGGACAAUGCCCCCUCAGAGCCGUCUUUCGAUCCCAAUUCGCUCUCCCCGAUGGUAGAUAGGAUGUCGCCGGCAGCUGGCUCCCCCGAGACUGGGGGAAUGAAUCCUCCAAAAAGCCCCACGUUCGGCUCUACGUCUGGUGACUCCCCGGCAAGCGGGAGCAGCAGCGGCAAUGGAGAGCCGAAUCCGUUCAACUUCCAGCCCACGGUUUUAGCCAAGGGUCCGGUGCUGAAAUCGAGACGCGGCCAUAAAUACAAGCACAGUAGCAUCUCUCAUCAGAUCUUUCUCGAGCCGCCGCCAAGGGCUCCCUUGGCUCUGCCGAACUCUUUACCGAUACCAACCCUGAAGGAAUGUCGAGGGAGUAUGUCUAAGGAACAGAACACCCGCUUCUGGUGGAGCGUAUGCCAUAUGUUCGUGGCGGGAUACACGCUAUGGAGCGCCCAGGGUUCUUUGGCCAUGACGGCACUGUCACAUCUGAUUCUGUUCGACUCGCUGGGAGCUCUGCUCUGCGUUGCGGUAGAUGUCCUGGGCAACUUUGAAGUGUGGAAGCGGUCCAGCAUUCGGCAUCCGUUCGGCCUGGAGCGCGCAGAAGUGCUGGCUGGAUUCGCACUAUCGGUGCUCCUUCUGUUCAUGGGUCUGGAUCUCAUAUCCCAUAAUCUGCAGCACUGGCUUGAAGUUUCUUCUGGUCACGAGCCUCACCAUUCCCAUUCCCACGAGCGCGUGUCCCUGGGGAGCGUCGAUAUUACGGCGGUUUUUGCCAUAGGCUCGACAUUGAUUUCCGCGAUUGGACUCAAGAACCACGCUCGGAUCGGCAAGGCUAUGCGGUUUGCCUAUAUCGAGUCGCUGCCGUCUGUUCUCAGCAAUCCGUCCCACUUUCUGACUCUCUCAUGUUCUGCGAUCCUCCUGUUACUACCGCUGCUCUCCAUCCAGCUGUACCAAUGGCUGGACCGAGUAUUGUCCAUCACCAUGGCCGUUUCCAUGUGUGUUCUUGGAUUUCGUCUCGUGAAAACGCUGGGGUCGAUGCUUCUCAUGUCGUAUUCGGGUCGCGGUGUCAGUGAUGUGAUGAAAGACAUCGAAUCGGAUCCGUCUGUAUCUGCCAUCGAUGACGCAAGGUUCUGGCAGGUUCAUUAUGGCCUCUGCAUGGCCAAUCUGAAAUUGCGGGUUUCGGGCUCGGAGGAGAGCCUGGUUCGACUGCGUGAAAGAAUCUCGAGCUUGAUAAAGAAUCGGUUAGGAGGAGGAUAUGGCUCGGGGGGUCAGAGAUGGGAGGUAUCACUCCAGUUAACGGUAGAGCGGACAUAA